GAAAUGCAAAUCCCUCCAACUUAGCCGUUUGUUGAGAAGUGUUAGGGGGAGGCAAAAAGAGAGCCAUUUCGUAAUUCUCCUAACUCCCAUCUUCUCUUCCCUUAAAACCUCAACCCACCCCUUAUUCUAUUCUCACCCCUGCAUCUCUAAAACCAAAUCAAAACCAACCUCAUGUCUUAUACCCCUUUUCUUUGUUAAGUUAAUUUUCUUUCUUUCGCCUAGGAAGUGGUUACUGGUUAGUUUGGGUUUCAGCACACCUAUCCUCUCACCUUCCAAACUUUAGUCUGCCUCCAUUUUUCCCUUCACUCCUCACCUCUCUUGGGAAGUAUGGAGGCUUUCUCUCUGACUUCCUUCUCCGCGGCACCAAAGAAACUUGUGCGAUUGCAUGAUAAGCGUGAGUGGUGCUGCUUGUUAAAGAGCAAGAGGAGUGUCGUGCAUUGCCAAAGCAGUGGAAACUCCAUCAAAUCUAGUGGGUUGUCUUCAGUUUUGACAGAAAGAGAAGCAUUGGUGGGCAAUGAACGUGGCACGGCUUUAAUGGAUGCAGCAGGAAGCAUAGUCUUAUCACCAAACGGGACGCACCAGCAGCCAGCUGAGAGUACUACAGUGAAGGAUUUGGUGCCUUAUGGUGGACCUGCCACAUCCCUGGUGGAGAUGCAACAAGGAAUUGGAAUUGGAAUUGUUGAAUAUCUUAGAGGGAAAAGUUUCUUCAUUACUGGUGCAACUGGGUUUUUGGCAAAAGUUCUUAUAGAAAAGAUACUGAGGACGGUGCCCGAUGUUGGCAAGAUCUUUCUCUUGAUCAAGGCAGAAAGCAAAGAAGCUGCCAUGCAAAGACUAGAAAAUGAAAUCAUAAAUGCUGAACUCUUCAAGUGUCUCCAAGAAACUUAUGGCAAAUCCUACCAAGCUUUCAUGUCAAACAAGCUGGUUCCUGUGUUGGGAAAUGUUUGUGAAUCUAAUCUCGGCUUAGAUGAACCUGUAAUCGAUCUGAUCACGAAAGAGGUUGACAUAAUUGUAAAUUCUGCUGCUAAUACGACUUUUGAUGAAAGGUAUGAUGUUGCUCUUGACAUAAACACGGGAGGCCCUAGUCGUCUUAUCAGCCUUGCCAAGAAGUGCCAGAAACUUAAGGUCUUCCUGCAUGUAUCUACAGCUUAUGUUAAUGGACAAAGACAAGGAAGAAUCAUGGAAAAGCCAUUCUGUAAAGGCGAUACCAUUGCAAGGGAGAGUGUCAUAUUUGAAACCCCAAACAGCUCCCUCCCUACUCUGAGGGUUGAAGAUGAGCUGAAGCUGGUUUUAGAUUCGAAGGGAAGUAUUGACGACAAUGAAAUGGCUCAAAAAAUGAAAGAAUUGGGUUUGGAAAGGGCACAGAAACAUGGGUGGCAAGAUACCUACGUGUUCACUAAGGCCAUGGGAGAAAUGUUAAUCAACAGUAUGAGAGGAGAAAUACCAGUGGUCAUAAUUCGGCCUAGUGUUAUCGAGAGCACUUGUAGAGAACCUUUCCCUGGGUGGAUGGAAGGAAACAGGAUGAUGGAUCCAAUUAUUCUGCACUAUGGGAAAGGGCAGCUCACUGGCUUUCUGGUUGACCCAAAUGGGGUUCUUGAUGUAGUCCCAGCAGAUAUGGUUGCCAGUGCAACUUUGGCAGCAAUCGCGAAGCAUGGAGCAGCUGGAAAAUCAGAAAGUAACGUGUACCAGAUUGCUUCAUCAGUUGUAAACCCCUUAGUUUUCGAAGACCUUGCCAGUUUGCUCUACCAACAUUUCAAUUCCUUGCCAUGCAUCGACUCAAAGGGAAGGCCGGUUCAUGUUCCAGUAAUGCAGCUCUUCAGCUCUAUGGAAGAUUUCUCCUCUCACCUCUGGAGAGACUCGAUUCAACGAAGUGGCCUAACUGCUGUGCCCACUCCCAAAGGGAAGUUGUCACAGAAGCUCGAAAACAUUUGCAGGAAAUCAGUGGAGCAAGCAAAGUACUUGGCUAAAAUAUAUCAGCCCUACGCCUUUUAUGCUGGAAGGUUUGAUAACAGCAACACCAAGAGCUUGAUGGAAUGCAUGUCUGAGGAAGAAAGGAAAGAGUUUGGAUUUGAUGUGGGUAGCAUAGAUUGGAAAGAUUACAUCUUAAAUGUCCACAUACCUGGCCUAAGGAGGCAUGUGAUGAAGGGCAGAGGGAUGCGUCCCUGAUGAAUAAUAGAAUGGAACUGACUUGUGGUGCCUGCAACAAAAUGUAAUAAAUAGAAAGACUGAGACUGAUUAAUUAGUUAAAUGUUGUUUUCUUCUUUCUUUUCCCUAAUAAGUUGGGGAAGGUAGCCUCUAUCUUCUAUUUUGAAGAAUAUUUAUUAUAUUAUAUGAUUACUAGAGUAGAAACAUAAGUAUGGAUCAAAGUUACUGUAUGUUUCCUUCCUAAAACUCUUGUUAGAUCUAUACAAGUUAUCAAUACUAGUCUCAGU